GCGAUGAUUGCGUCGCAGCAUGUAUGAAGAAUAUGAUUUGACACUGCAUCGGGCCGGGACACGGGCGUAAUAAACUGGGCGCAGGGCGUCCUACGACGGCAUUUUAUGAGCGACAGGACGACUCCAUUGGGUCCUUUCUCUUUUUUUUUUCCUUUAUUAUUAUUUGUUUCGCUGACAAACCUUUUUUUUUUUAAGGCAAUUACCGCCAUGGUCCUAUCCAUUAACCGUCACUUUCUCUCUCCCUCCCCCCUCUCUUUCUUGACAACCAACCAGACUUCUUCCUCUCCUUACUCCAACUUCCGACUUGCGGCAGAGGGCGGACUUGGCCGAAACAUCGAGACACCCGAGGACCAAGCCUCAACUCGCAACCAUGCCUAUCUGGUGCUUCCCGUCUUGCCCUCCCGUCAUUACUGCAAGAGUUCAUAUCUUCCGGCUCUCAUAGCGGCCUCUCUGCUCACCCUCUGGUGGCUGAAUCAACCGUAGGUGACACGCUGAUAGACAGCGGAAUACUGCAUGAGCACCCGGAUGGCCCAGGAGCCUACUGCUAUCAUGUCGGCUUUUCCCGGCGGGAUCACAAGUUCACAACAUGCGUCGAAACGAUGGGGGCG